GCUGAGCCCCGGGAGCAGCGGGCCCCACCGCCCGCCGCCCGGCCCCGCGGCCCGCCCCGGAGCGGCCCCCGCCUGCCAGACAUGACCGCCAUCAUCAAAGAGAUCGUCAGCAGGAACAAAAGGCGCUACCAAGAGGAUGGCUUCGACCUGGACCUGACCUAUAUUUAUCCAAACAUAAUUGCUAUGGGUUUUCCUGCAGAGAGGCUUGAAGGAGUAUACCGGAACAAUAUUGAUGAUGUAGUAAGGUUUUUGGAUUCAAAGCAUAAAAACCAUUACAAGAUAUACAAUCUAUGUGCUGAAAGACAUUAUGAUACCGCCAAAUUUAACUGCAGAGUUGCACAGUACCCUUUUGAAGACCAUAACCCACCACAGUUAGAGCUUAUCAAACCUUUUUGUGAAGAUCUUGACCAAUGGCUAAGUGAAGAUGACAAUCAUGUUGCAGCAAUCCACUGUAAAGCUGGAAAGGGACGAACUGGUGUAAUGAUAUGUGCAUAUUUGUUGCAUCGAGGCAAGUUUUUAAAGGCUCAAGAAGCCCUAGAUUUCUAUGGGGAAGUAAGGACCAGAGACAAGAAGGGAGUCACAAUUCCCAGUCAGAGACGCUACGUGUACUACUAUAGCUACCUGUUAAAGAAUCACCUUGAUUACAGACCAGUGGCACUGCUGUUUCACAAGAUGAUGUUUGAAACAAUUCCCAUGUUCAGUGGCGGAACUUGCAAUCCUCAAUUUGUGGUGUACCAGUUAAAGGUAAAGAUAUUCACCUCCCCUUCAGGACCCUCAAGACGUGAAGACAAGUAUAUGUACUUUGAAUUCCCUCAACCUUUGCCGGUAUGCGGUGAUAUCAAAGUGGAGUUCUUCCACAAACAGAACAAGAUGUUGAAAAAGGACAAAAUGUUUCACUUUUGGGUAAAUACAUUCUUCAUAGGACUGGAUGAAAAUUCAGACAAAGUAGAAAAUGGAAGUCUAGUUGCAGAUCAGGAACUUGAUGGUAUUUUCAGUACAGAGCGCUCAGAUAAUGACAAGGAAUAUUUAAUCCUUACAUUAACAAAAAAUGAUCUGGACAAAGCAAAUAAAGACAAAGCCAACAGAUAUUUUUCUCCAAACUUCAAGGUGAAGCUAUUUUUCACAAAAACGGUAGAAGAGCCAUCAAAUCCAGAGGCUAGCAGUUCAACUUCUGUAACACCAGAUGUUAGUGACAAUGAACCUGAUCAUUACAGAUACUCUGACACCACUGACUCUGAUCCAGAGAAUGAACCUUUUGAUGAAGAUCAGCAUACGCAGAUUACAAAAGUCUGAAUAUUUUUUUUUUAUCGGAGAUAAAAAAAAAAAACAAAA